CACGCGUAACUUUAUGGUGAACAGGAAACAGAAAAGUUCCAAUCAUGGAGAAAACUGAUAGGGAGCGAAUACGCCGGAACCGCACGGCUUUCAUAAAGGAUAUGAUGCCUGACGAUGUCAUCGAAUAUCUGUACUCCAUGGGAAUUUUCACGGAUUCUACGAAGGAAGAUGUACAGGCCUACCGUACGCGGACGGACAAGGUGCGGAAGAUACUUGACACAGUUCCAAUGCGAGGAAAACAAGCCAUUCAUGUCUUUUAUGAUGCUCUAGUAGAAACAGAGCAAGGACAUUUAGCAGACCUUCUCUUUCCCGAAAGGAAAGAGGAGCGCCUUGCCAAAGAAGCGGCACGCGCGCCCCCUACAUCUACUCCGUGUCCUGCAAACACACAACCUGUUAAUACCCAACCACGUGUUACUCAACCAGUUCAACCGGAAGAGGAAGACGUGCAGUUACCAGAGUUGCCAUGUGACGCCGGGCAGUCUCUGGUAUUUGUUGAUUCUUUGAAGUUCGACUUGUCUGACAGUGUACUGCGGUUACAAGAAAAAUAUUCGCAGGUUUAUAAGAAUGCCAGCGCAAACAAAGGGAGAGCGUUGAUUAUCCUUAAUAUUAAAAUGGAAGGCCAUGAUAUACUGAGGACCAAUUUAACUCGACUUUUGAAAAAGCUAGGCUAUAAAGUUGAUCACAAGAAGAAUUUAAAAGCAGAGAAAAUUAAGGAAGUCUUACGCAACGAAGCCCAGAAUGGGGAACACGGAGACGCGGAGUCCUUCAUUUGCAUAUUCAUAGGUUACGGCAAAGGAGGAAUAUUAACGGGGAAGGACGGCAAAACCAUUAGCCUCAGUGAAGUUACAUGCUUCUUCAACGGGCAGAACUGUAGUUCUUUGGUGAAUAAACCAAAACUGUUUUUCGCGCAGACAUGUGUGGAUAAUGACACUGACAAAACCGAAGGGGAAACCAGAGAAGUUAUGGAACAACUUACAGCCGAUCUGCAAGCGGCGACUUUAAGAGAUGGUGGAGAGGGGACGGUUGCUACUGCUUCUGUGCCUACCAUGGCAGAUAUAUUUGUAGCUGCUUCUACGGAAUACACUUCAUCGACAGAAGCGAGUCCCAAUUUUUGGUUUUUAGAAGCACUAGUGUAUGUUUUCUGUACGUUUGCACACAGCGACAGCCUCAAUUCCAUGCUAAACAAGAUAAACAGCAUUCUGUCGAAGAAACGUGCCCAACUGGACUAUCAGUCUACUUCUCUGCUAAAGGAAUUUUACUUUUUCCCAAAACGUCCUGUCACCUCCGAUAGCGACAGUUGCCAACAAAAUGACGCUGUUGAGUCCGCCACGGAAGGGAGGUCUUCGCUCGCGCAAGCAUCAUGUGGAGACGACACAGCGCAGCUGGUGCUGGGAUAGAACCUAGUUGGACUACUGUAGCAUUAAAAGAUUUUGGAAAAGCCAGGUUAUUUAUGACAUCAAAUUUGUUUAUAUCUUAAUUUUUUUAGUUUGUGAAAAAAGAAAAGUUGUGCUAUGACCUCGUUCUCAUUCUGAUAAUGUCCGACUUCCAGAUUCCCGUGUUAUUGCGGCCACGAUUUGCAAUGUGAGAACGAGGUUCGGAAUUGUGCAGGCUUUAUUAAUUUUGUUCAGACACACGGGUUCCGGAAAGGGAAAAAUCGAGCAAAAAUGAUCAAAAAUGUAAUAUUUUUUAGAAACCUAAGAGAGAGAUGACGUGGGGCGCAUCCGUUUUAUGAGUUUAAUUUACCUUUCAGUGCCAGAGACAGCAGGGGCUAUUUCAGAGCUAUUUUUUGACAGUUUUUAAAAUUA